UGUUCGCUUCUGGCCGCAUGUCCCUGAAGCGGCUUUAAUUUCUCUGAUGAAAUCUUUCUCAAAGUUACACAGGGUUUUCCGCUUUUAAACUGCAAUGUCAGGUAAACUUUUUACACUACAUAAUAAUGUUUGCAAAUGUUUGCAAACUCUAGCGGGCGUCCAACCUCGGGCUUUAAGCACCGGGUCAGCUGCCCUCAGCUCUGUCCAGUUAAAGGGCCGGAGCUUUCUGACUUUAAAGGAUUUUGGUUCCGAUGAAAUCAAGAAGUUGUUGUGGGUGUCAGGAGACCUCAAGCACCGCAUCAAACAAAACAAUGAAUAUCUUCCUCUUCUGCAAGGCAAGUCCAUUGCAAUGAUAUUUGAGAAGAGAAGCACCAGGACGAGAAUGUCCACUGAAACAGGUUUUGCUUUGCUGGGAGGGCAUCCUUGUUUCUUAACUUCCCAAGACAUUCAUCUUGGAGUAAAUGAAAGCUCUACAGACACAGCCAGGGUACUCUCAGGGCUUUGUGAUAUUGUCCUGGCCAGAGUCUACAGUCACUCCACUCUGGAGGAGCUGGCUAAAGAGGCCUCUAUCCCUAUCAUCAACGGUCUAUCUGACAUGUACCAUCCCAUUCAGAUAUUAGCAGAUUUCCUCACUCUGCAGGAACAUUACGGUUCUUUAAACGGACUCACAGUCAGCUGGAUCGGAGAUGGGAACAAUGUGCUUCACUCUUUCAUGAUGACUGCAGCCAAACUAGGAGUUCACCUAAAGAUUGCUACACCAAAGGGUUAUGAACCUGAAGACAGUGUGAUGCAGGAGGCGCAGAGACUUUCUAAAAAGUAUGGGACCCAGUUAGUCCUGACCACAGAUCCAAUGGAGGCAGCACAUGACAGCAAUGUGUUGGUAACAGACACUUGGGUCAGCAUGGGACAAGAGGAAGAAAAGAAGAAGAGACUAAAGGAUUUUGAUGGUUACCAAAUCACUAUGCAG